GCCAAUUUUUACAAAUAUUUAUAAAAAAAAACCGCCAAAAAAACUCUACUGAGUGUGUUAAUGGAGGUUUGUUAGGACAACGGCAUAAAUAUUAAGGUUCUGGUCCCUUUAAAAACCACACCACAGUAUGUUUCGCGGCUCUUUUAAAUCUAAUACUAGAACCCAUGUUUUUAAAUUGAACUCGGCUCAUUCUUUAAUUACAGACACAUCACCAAUCACCAAACAAUCUCCCACUUUUAUUCCAUUACAGACUCUAAUUUAUCAGCAUCAACAACCCUCUCAAACAUUUAGAAAUCUCCCCCCACCCAGUUGGACUUCAUUUGAUUUAUACGAACAUUUAGUCAAUACAUACAGACAUGCUUCUUGCUCAACUGAGUCAAAGCAAUUUCAUUUAAGGAUUCUAAAACAUGGGUUUGAUUCUGACUUGUUUUUAAGCAAUACCCUUGUGAAUGCUUACUUGAGAAGUGACGAGUUGGACUCAGCGCGUAAGCUGUUCGAUGAAAUGCCUGAGAGAAAUUGCGUAACGUGGGCUUGUUUAAUUUCUGGGUAUAGUAGCAAUGGGAUGCCUAUGGAGGCUUGUGGUGUUUUUAAAGAUAUGAUCUUUGAAGGUUGUUUGCCUAAUUGUUUUGCUUUUGGUGCUGCUUUGAAAGCUUGUCAAGAUGUUAAUCUUGGUAUGCAAAUUCAUGGGUUGAUUUUAAAGUCUCCUUAUGUAAAUGAUGUGGUCCUUUCGAAUGUGUUAAUAUCAAUGUAUGGGAGCAGUUUUGGUUCCGUAGAGUAUAGUCGUCGUGUUUUUGAUGAAAUACGGAUUAGGAAUUCAAUUUCUUGUAAUUCUAUUAUAUCAGUUUAUUCACAGAGAGGAUAUGUAGGACUUGCAUUUGAACUAUUUUCGAGUAUCCAAAGAGAAAAUUUUGGGGUUGGUGAUUUUAAACCUAACGAGUAUACAUUCGGGAGCUUAAUAACUGCAGCUGGAAAUGCUGUUGAUUCUGGUUCGCAGUUGUUGGAGCAGAUGCUUACAAGGGUUGAGAAAUCUGGGUUGCUUUCGGAUAUGUAUGUGGGAAGUGCUUUAGUUAGUGGAUUUUCAAGGUUUGGGUUUUUUGAUUAUGCUACUAAGAUUUUUGAGCAAAUGGGUGUGAGAAAUGCUGUUUCGUUAAAUGGGUUAAUGGUUGGAUUAGUGAGGCAGAAAUGUGGAGAAGCAGCCACUGAAGUAUUAAUGAAAAUGCAGAACUUGGUUGAUAUCAAUCUUGAUUCAUAUGUGAUUUUAUUAAGUGCGUUUGCUGAAUUCACUCUGCUCGAGGAAGGGAGAAAAAAAGGCAGAGAGGUUCAUGGUUAUGCAAUUCGAACUGGAUUAAAAGAUGUCAAGGUUGGUAUUGGAAAUGGACUAAUUAACAUGUAUGCUAAAUGUGGUGCUAUUGAUGAUGCUAGAUCAGUAUUUAGGCUCAUGACUGAUAGGGAUGCGGUUUCAUGGAACUCCAUGAUCUCUGGCUUUGACCACAAUGAGUGUUUUGAAGAUGCAGCAAAAUAUUACCACUCAAUGAGAAAAGCAGCAGUAAUGCCUUCCAAUUUUACAUUAAUAAGUACUUUAAGCUCCUGUGCAAGCUUAGGGUGGAUAAUUCUAGGCCAGCAAUUACACAACGAAGGGCUUAAGCUGGGAAUUGAUUCAGAUGUUUCAGUUUCAAAUGCGCUUCUUGCAUUAUAUGCUGAAACUAGAUAUCUUGCUGAAUGUCGAAAAGUUUUCACCUUAAUGCCCCAGUUUGAUUUAGUAACAUGGAAUACUAUGAUUGGAGCUUUGGCUGAUUCAGAGACAUCAGUUUCUGAAGCUUUAGAAUUUUUUUUGGGGAUGAUGCGAGCUGGAUGGAAUCUUAACAGAGUUACCUUCAUAAACAUCCUUGCAGCUGUGUCAUCUAUUUCACAGAUUGGAUUGAGCCAGCAGAUACAUGCACUAAUGCUGAAAUACCACAUUAGAGAUGAUAGUGCUAUUGAGAAUGCACUUAUAGCAUGCUAUGGCAGGUGCGGAGAUAUGGAUUGCUCUCAGAAAAUAUUCUCCAAAAUGAAUGAUAGAAGAGAUGAAGUUAGCUGGAAUUCGAUGAUAUCAGGAUAUUUACAUAAUGAUUUCUUGCCCGAGGCCAUGGAUUUGGUGUGGUUUAUGAUGCAGAGGGGUCAAAGAUUGGACUGUUUCACAUUUGCCACUGUUCUUAGUGCAUGUGCCUCGGUUGCAACAUUAGAGCGUGGCAUAGAAGUACACGCCUGUGCGAUAAGAGCCCAUUUAGUAUCCGACGUUGUUGUGGGGAGUGCACUUGUUGAUAUGUACUCAAAAUGUGGACGAAUAGAUUAUGCGUCAAGGUUUUUUGACUCAAUGCCCGUGAGAAAUGUGUACUCUUGGAACUCGAUGAUAUCAGGCUAUGCACGCCACGGGAAUGGAGAUGUGGCAUUGAAGCUUUUUACACAAAUGAAGCUUGAUAAUCAGUCACCAGAUCAUGUCACAUUUGUUGGGGUUCUUUCAGCUUGUAGUCAUGUUGGUUUGGUCGAUGAAGGAUUUGAGCAUUUCAAGUCCAUGGCGGAAAUAUAUGGAUUGACUCCUCGGAUAGAGCAUUAUUCAUGUAUGGUUGAUCUCCUCGGAAGGGCAGGCAAACUUAAUAAAAUGGAGAAUUUCAUUAAUACAAUGCCAAUGAAACCUAAUGUUCUCAUUUGGCGGACCGUUUUAGGUGCCUGCAGCCGUGCAAAUGGUCGUAAGACUGAGUUGGGUAGGAGGGCAGCUGAAAUGCUUAUGGAUAUGGAACCGCAAAACGCGGUGAAUUAUGUUCUCCUGUCUAACAUGUAUGCUUCAGGGGGAAAAUGGGCGGAAAUGGCAAGCACUAGGCGGUCAAUGAGAGAGGCAGCUGUAAAGAAGGAAGCUGGAUGUAGUUGGGUAAGCAUGAAAGAUGGGGUCCAUGUAUUUGCGGCCGGGGACAAUUCACACCCAGAAAGAGAUCUAAUUUAUGGAAAACUUAUGGAACUAAACAGAAGAAUUCGGGACGCAGGGUAUGUGCCUCAGACAAAAUUCGCAUUGUAUGAUCUUGAGCAAGAGAGUAAAGAAGAACUCCUUAGCUAUCACAGUGAGAAACUCGCGGUCGCUUUUGUUCUCACUCGCAAUUCCGGGAUGCCAAUUAGGAUUAUGAAAAACCUUCGGAUUUGUGGCGACUGUCACUCUGCAUUUAAGUACAUAUCAAAAGUUGUUGGUCGUCGAAUAGUUUUACGAGAUUCAAAUAGGUUCCAUCAUUUUGAGGAUGGUAACUGUUCUUGUGGGGAUUAUUGGUGACCACCAGCUGAUCAGCUUGGUUUGGAAAUCAAAUACCAGCUGAACUGUGCCUUGAUUUGACUUUGCAAGAAUAUUUCUCUACCGUCAGUUUUCUGGAGACGACGAGGAACGCAAUCUCAGCAAAGAACACAAAGGAUAUGAAGUUCUUGAAGGUCUAAAAUCGUGAAAGGGCAUAAUCAAUUUUUUCAUCAAGGAAAACAUGAUUAACUGAGUCAAUGCGUGGACUGAGAAUGGAACAGAACGUAUGCCGGCAAUUUGUGUAGCACGUACACGGAUACAGAAAAACUGAACACCUAACACAGAAAACGUUGAUCGAAUGAAGUGUUUGUACUGAUUAGCGGACAAUCAUGGCCAAAAGAUUUCGUUCAGCAGGUUUUCAGGUAUCCAUCGUUGGACUCGGACAGGCGUUAUCCGUUUCGAAAGUUUCUAAGUAGAGAAGGUUGUCAAGGAUGUAUUAUCAACUAUUGUUGGUUAAAAUAGAACAUUUUCAAUCGGAUUGGAGUAGAGAGUGUUUAAGAUUUACCAAAUACCAACAUAAAUAAAGAAAUCUCAAUAUUUAAUGA